AUUUGAUUAGAUUAGAUAAGAUUAAAUUACUUGUAGUUUUGUGUGAUAAAUACAUAUCGUCAGACAAAUAAGCGUAAUAUUCAAUGUGGUGUACGCUUUAAAAAUUUUCACUGAUUAUUACUUUUUUUUUUGAAUUUUAUUAUUUUCAAAAGUUGAAUAAAAUUACAGACUGAUAAUAAUAAUAAUCUGCUUUGAAUUACACAAAUCUAAUUAAAUGGAACCACAAAAAGUUAUUGUCAAAAGUACUGGAAUGCCAGAUGAAAUGCAAGAACAUGCUAUCAGAUCAUGUUUGAAAGCAAUGAAAGUUCUACGUCAUGAUAAAGAUGUGGCUAGUGCAUUAAAAAAAGAAUUCAAUGAUAAAUAUGGACGUACAUGGCAUUGUGUUGUUGGAAGUAAUUAUGGAAGCAAUGUCAGUCAUGUCGACGAAGGAUUGAUUUAUUUCUUUGUUGAUAGAAAAUCAGUUUUAUUAUUUAGAACAGAAUGUGUUUAAUUGUACUUUUCAUUUGUCCAAGAAACAAGGUGAACAGUAAAAAUUUAAUUUUUUUGGGAUAAUUUCAAAUUUCUUUUUUUUUUUCAAGAGUUAAUUGUACGCUGAUGGCUUUUAUUGAUCUGAUGAACACCGGUUCAAUGUAUAAUUACAGUUUGUAACUACUCUGAGAUGUAUAGAAAAUAUUAAAUUUUGUUAAAUAAAUAU